AUUCAAUAUCGGACUUGGGAAUCUCUUUAUUCUGACUACAUUUCACAAUAUAUCUAUCGGCGGGAAAGGUCGAACAAGGAAUUUUCGAAGCGAUAAGGCUUAGGUGUUUCGCCUCUACGCCAUCAAACUUAUUCGAAGCAUCAAUUCCUAAUCAGACCCCGACUUCGAUCGAUUCCUAAGGAAAAUGCCUCCCACUACUACCCUCUUCCGCGCCGCCCGGCCGAUAUUUCAACAAUCCGCAUCGCGCGCCGUCUUCCGUUCCAGCUUCCCCCAGACCGGCCGCCGCUUCGCCAGCACGGCAACGAACAGCGAGGCUGCUUCCCAAAGCUGGUUCCAGCGCAUGUGGAACAGCCCUGUCGGUCUAAAGACAGUCCACUUCUGGGCGCCUGUCAUGAAGUGGGCCAUCGUCAUCGCCGGUAUCUCUGACUUCGCCCGGCCCGCCGAGAAGCUGUCUCUGACCCAGAACGGCGCCCUGACGGCCACCGGUCUUAUCUGGACUCGUUGGUGUUUCGUCAUCACCCCGCAGAACUACCUACUCGCCGCUGUCAACUUCUUCCUUGGCCUUGUCGGCAUCACCCAGUGUGCCCGAAUCUUCCUCUACCGGUCCUCUCAAAAGAACCUGCCCGCGGCCGCCGAGUCAGAGGCCAAGGAGGCUGUCAAGUCAUAAGUAACAGAGUGGGUAGAAAAAAAAUCAUGAUAUGACAUUGAUACGGAGAAACGAAAGGGUAUUUUGAGUUGAUGAUGUACGGUUGCAUACGGAAGUGCUUGUCGAUAGAUUCGGAGUCGAGCCCGCGUUCAAGCAUUUCAUAAAUAUUUAUAGACUACGGGUCACAAAAUUGUCUUACCUCGAAACGAGAGGUGCAUAGACGAUGGCACGGAUGGGAGAUCCCUCUUUAACCCUCCCGACUUGGUAAAUUUGGGGAUAGGGGCUGGCUUGUACAUCGCAUUAUUAUCCGACGUAUUGGCUUAGUCAAAUAUAGAAAUCAUAUUUUCUUAUGAAUGCUAACAUUUCUUUCUUCCCUGCCCCUCAUAACGAUACAAAUUAUAUAAACCUAGAGGCGAUAUACGAUUUUCAGUUCAUCUCACCUCGAGUCCACUUAUCUGAAGAAUCAAGAAAUUACAAUAUUAGUGCUUAG